AUGGCCGAACUUAUCAUCGGCAAAAGAGAACGAAGAAAAUCUCUCAGCGUCUUUAGCCCAUCGUCUGUCACAUCGGCCCGGCCCGCUCUUCAUGCUCGCACUCCAUCCGAUGAUAUCCUCGCUCGAGAGAAGAAAGCGCGUCGCAAUUCGGGCUUCUUUGGCCGGUCCCAAAGUCCCAACCGAUGGGCCAGUGGAGGGAAUGUCCUCCGUCGGCCGGGCACCGCAGGCUCGGACACCGCCGCCUGGUCGGCGCAACCACCGCCCCUCGAGACCACCCGGCCUGGGCGGAAAUCAUUGCAGAAGAAACGAGCCUCCGUCUUUGGCUCAUUGAAGUCGAUGCCCGCUGGUGAAGAUGAUGAUCCCCUCAGUGCCUCCAUUGCUUCCCUGGGAGAUGAUCCGCAGAGCGCAAGCAGUCCCCGAAAUGGGAUCUGGUCGUCUGCAAUUCUCCAUCAUGGCGAGAUUCAGACAAUGGGUGGUAUGUGGAAGCGGAAGAGCCAGUACCUUGUUCUCACGGACACGCAUCUGGUUCGAUUUAAGAAUCAAGCCAAGGCUGCCGAUGCCUUUCCCUCGAUUCCGCAUUCGUACAAUGCCCGGGCCCCGGCGUCGAACCGUCAAUCCGUAGCUUCGAUCAGUUCGCUGCAGGACAUGCAGGUGAUGGUUUCGACCGACGCGUCUGCCGGUAUUCCGCUCAACAGUAUCAUUGCAGUGUACAUGCUAGAAGAUGGACGACUCUCGCCUACCGUGGAAGUGGCUUAUCUCGAUGAACGUACCCACAAGGCGGCAUUGAUACAAAUGCAGACCGCCGAUCUGCAGGAAUUGAAUCUCUGGAUGGUUGGAAUUCGCCAGGCCGCGUCGAUGGCGCGGUCCAACGAUCCCCUCCCGUUCAAUCGGGGCUCCGUCGAGUACGUGGCCCGGAUGUUGGAACACGAACGAGAUUAUGAUCCGGUCGCUUUCCGGAUGUUCCGUGUCAUACAGAUUGCGUCUAGCAAGUCUCCCACUCGUUCGUCUUCGGAUGAUCUGACAAAGUUAUCGCCCACGGGGUGCUACCUAGCCAUUGGUCUACACAAGGUCCACCUGAUACCCAUGCAGAAGGCUGCCAAUCGGUCGUCGGUCGUGUCUCUGUCUGAUCUGGAGACGGGUGCCUCCUUUGGUCUUAUGAAUCUGACGGGUCUUUCCAUGGAGUACGGCGAUGAUAGUCUGCAUCUAACGUUUCGGGUCCCUCUGCGGAAAUCCUUCAACGUAUUCCUGGCCUCGGUCCAUUCAGUAGAGGUGGCCCGUUGGAUCCGACAACAUACCCAGUUUCUGCGCCCGUUGUGGACAAGACAACCGUACGACUUUGUAGUUCCCCGGGAAUUGCAUAAUGGUGAAAAUUUUCCACCCGUCACUUUGGAUGAAGACUAUGGCUGCUUUGAUCGGACCUUGGUUGCUUAUUCUGCUAGUUACGACGUGGAUACCUCCAACAUCCGAUACACGAUUGACCUGGACUGCGAGGAUGCUCCAUGCUUCCAUCUUUUGCGACCCGCGUCUCCGACGAAUUCGCGGUACAGCGCGUUGGAAUUGAUUGCGGUUAUGCGUGCGCUGCGAUACAACGAGUCCUUCCGGUCGAUUUCAUUCCGCGGUAUCAAUCUAGAUGCGCUGCAGGGCUUGCGAGAUGUUCAUGGCGUGGAUGUCGACGUCCACCUCGACCGAUCAGGAUGUCUUGUACAAAUUCCAGGUCAAGCCAACUUGACCGUCCUGUCACAAGAGGUACGCGCGUUGGCAUUGAAAAGUAAAUGGCUGCGUCGACUCGACUUUGCAUACUGUCUGACCCGCACGCCCACUUUGGACAAGGGCAGUCGUGAUCCCGGUUGCGGAAUCCCAGAAGCCAUUUUCCCCGUGUGUCGUCGGGAAUUGACCAGCGUGAAUUGGGUUGUGCUGAAUGGUAUCAAACUUGGCGAGUCGGAUCUGGAUUACCUGGUGGAUGCGGCGUCGCAGAAGAGGAGUCACCUGCGAGCACUGGAAGUCGGCGACUGUGGAUUAUCAGUGCACGAUCUGGACCUUUUGCUGUCAACUCUUGUCGCACAGGAAAAGACCCUCGAAGUUAUCAAUAUUUCCGGAGUGCAGGGUCGACUAAGUCCGGACAUGCUGCAUCAGUAUAUUGGAUACUUUGGCCAGCUUCGAAAGAUCAAUCUCUCCCGCAUUUCGCGCACGUCCGGCCCCGAGCCGCUGAUCACGGCAGAAAUGCUGUUCAAUUGGCAGCUCGAGGAACUAGUUCUCAGCCGGACGGCUGUCAAUCGCGAGACCGUGGAUUCCAUCGCCACGUAUCUGGCCAGCGACCGCUCGCGUAACUUGCGCAUGCUUCGACUCGAUCAGUGUGGGUUGAGCGGGGAAGACGUUGCCAUGUUCCUGCAUUCGAUGUCUCUGGAACCAGACUCGCCGCGGAGCUUGCACUUGCAUGUCAACGAGAACCGUAUUGAUAAUGGCUGCUCGUUUCUGUUCGACGCCAUCGGCAAGAAUAUGACGCCCUCGCACUUAUCCAUGCAGAUGAUCGAUUUCAAGAAAGAGGAGCAUUUCCGAGAACUUGUUGAUUCGCUUCGCAAGAACCGGACCCUGCGGUACCUGGAUAUCUCCAAGGCUUCCCUGCCGUACGAUGCGGGUCCGGAAACCUGCCGUAUGCUGCAGUUGAUGUUCGAAGAGAACGAGACUCUAGAAGCUUUUGAUAUUAGCGGGGAGAGCGCGCAUCUGGAUGUUGCUCGGUUUGGAAUCGGCCUUAAUCUCGCGCUGACAGGCUUGAAGAAGAACAAGUCUCUCAAGGUAUUGCGCAUCGAGCAUCAGAAGCUGGGUCUUCAGGGUGCCAAUACGCUGGCCUCGGUGCUGGAGGAGAAUGAAUCCCUUCGUGAAGUGCAUUGCGAGAACAACGAUAUCAACCUUCAGUCCUUUACCGUGUUGGUUAACGGGUUGCAGUGCAACCGGACUCUUCUUAGCCUUUCUCGAAUGGAUCGCGACAGAGUUCUCUCCCUUGACAAGGUCCGUCGGGAAGUUGAUAAUGUCCGCUGGGAUAAUAGUACCCUGCAGACAUCGACGGCAACUUCGAUUCGUCGCUCUUUACACGCUGCGAUGAGUGGGCGGCCUGGUGCUGCCGGUAAUCGCCUCACCAAACACAUGCCCGCGAACGCUGUCCCCUCUCCUGACUCUAUCCCAUUCGCCAGUCAAAACGUGGACCUGGUAGUACAAUCCUUGCAGCGCAAGUGGGACAUGGAAGUCUCUCGUCUGCAACGGUAUCUCCUUCGAAACUACAACAUCGCGAACGGCAUCAUAGACGAAACGCUCGACGAUGCCGCCAGCGACGGUCGACCUGGUACAGCCGCCAGCCUGGGCACGAUGCUCGAUAACCUCAAAUUCGAAGUCGCCAUAUCCGCAGACGAAAUCCACGCCUCCCCACCAGACCCAACCUCCAUCCCUAUCAACCUCACCCGAACAAACACAAACACAAACAGCCUCGAAACCCAACCCAUCCAAAUAACCAUCGAACCAAAAUCAUCAACAUCCCGCAAGAAAAGCACCCCAACUCUCCGCUCCCAACCAUCCCAUCCAUCCCACACCCUCCCACCAGAAUACCCCUCCAGCCCAUCCUCAGCACGCCUCGCCCUCCCCGUCCCCGCCGUCCCCGCAGCAGUAACGAAGGCGAACAGCGUGCGCAGCGCGCGUAGCUCUAGUACCGUGUCGACGGGUGCUGGCAGUGGACGCAGCACGUAUGGAAUGGCCUCGUCAACGCUGAGGGGCUUUUUGACGGGGAGCGCUUUGAAGGAGAAGAGGCGGGUGGAGGGUAUGCGUCCUGUUUGUGUGGCCACGGACGAUAAACCGCCGCAGUUGGAUUGGGCGCCGCCGAAGUUGGAUUUACAGGAGUUGCAAUAA